GGAAUGUACACGCUCUGGACAGACUGAAUGAAAGAAUUCGAAGAUUAUUAUAGCUAAUUUUCAAGAACUUCAGAAAUAUUGAACAUGGAAAUUUUUUAUGAUUAAAAUGAUAUUGCCGGAUGUCAAGAAUUGGGAAAGGCUUGCAUUGACAUGAGGGAAUUUUCCUCUCAUUAUUAUCUUUUGAUCUAUUCUGGAAAAUGAGCGACCUUACGGUAUUUUCACCGUAGGUGGCGCCUGUUCUCGGCCACUUACCGGUAAAGCAACGAAAAUUGAGUAAUGAAUUACAUGAAGUGCUGUGUGGUGCGCGUGUACGGUUCGUGCGAAUGUGACUUCGCUCACCGUCGACAUAUAAGCGGAUCACCGAACGAUGUACUUCGAGAACUAUUGUCAGACCUCUCAUUGCACAGAGAGGUCGAAUGUAGUUUGAUUUUGAGCAAUAAAAGCAAACUUGAAAUCACACAAGCUAGCUUGAUUUUUCUCCUUACACCUAUUUCCUACAUUUCCAUGCUACGAGCCUCGACCAGCAGCCAGAAGGAAGGAAGGAGGGAAGGAAGGAAGCUAUUCUCCAGCCGCCCUGGGUCCCCCGCCGCCUGCCUGCCAAAUCUCUCCUAUCUACGGUGCCAGCUCAUCGCUCUCGACCGACACGGUGCCACGUACCGAAUCAACUCCCCCCCGCCGCCUGCAGUACUAAGGCCCCCACUGUCCGCCUCUCUGCCCCGCACGCACCUUCCCCCUAUCUCGCUCGCCGACCAUGAUAGGGUUCGACAAGCUAAGGCUUUCGCUGCAGCAGUGACUGCACAAUGCAAUUCAGAGGGUUGCAUUGGUUCCCCACGAAGUUCUCCGGCGUUCUCCACUUGCUAUAGUCCGGAGUUCGACCACACCGAUUUCUCCACCUUACUAGAGGGUUACGAGUCCCAAUAAGGGUUAAAAAAAAACUUUCCAUCCCCUAGUAUAAAA